GAAUAUCAAAAUUUUUUCAACAAAACAUCAAAAGAGCUCGAAUGCAUUUUCAAACACAAUUCAAGUUUGUGAAGUUAUUUCUCACCGUAUUCGAGUCACCGAUCACCAAACAUUUGCAGUUCAAUCAUGGUGGUUUCAAUAAAAUCCAUAAUACAAAAGGAACAGAACUGAAAAUGGAGAAGUUUCGAACGCAUAUCUAGUUAAAUGCCAAUGAUGUAAAUUGAAUGAAGGAGCAUCUUUUAAAACCAGGAGAUAACCCUUUCUCAAUUUUUAAAUUUCCAUUCUUUAUUGACAUUUU